CUGGGUCAUUAGCUUGCUCGAACAGUUUGAGUUGACGUUUUGAACUUAAUUUGAAAGUUUGAAAUGGCUUGCGCUUAACACUGCUGUAUGACUUAAAGUGUGAGGUCAAACAUAAAACCGCAGUAGUUCGCUCAUCAGACUUGUUGUGUGAAAUGUUUUCAGCGGUGUCGAAAGCUUCUGGAACUAUAUUAUUAACCACAAACAAAACGAAAGUCCCACGCUGUGGAUGCAGGGCUCUUGGUUUCCUCUUAAAGAGAGCCUCUAGUUCUUCUGGAGGCGACAAAGCAACGUGUAGUGGAUCAGCCGCUGGCCGCCCUGUGGUAACGGAGCGGAGGGGAACUGUGGUUACCGUGGCGAUAAACCGUCCCGAAGUACGUAACGCGGUAAACCAGGAGACUGCCCGCCUGUUGCUGGAGGAACUUCGAACCUUCAAUACAGACCACACCCUCAACGUAGCCAUACUCCACGGCAUUGGAGGGAAUUUCUGCGCUGGUUAUGAUCUGAAAGAGCUGGCCCAUCACUCUGCCUCUCUCAAAUUGGAGCAAGAUGUCAGAGAGGGUCCCGCUCCUAUGGGUCCUUCGCGCCUGACGUUGGCAAAGCCCCUGAUAGCGGCGGUCAGCGGUUACGCCGUCGCAGGGGGGCUGGAGCUGGCCCUGCUGGCGGACCUCAGGGUGGUGGAGGAGAGCGCCGUCAUGGGGGUGUUUUGUCGCAGAUUCGGUGUGCCGUUGAUUGAUGGGGGGACAGUGAGGCUGCCUCGGCUCAUUGGCCUGUCCCGGGCUCUGGACCUCAUCCUGACGGGUCGACCCAUUGGAGCCCAGGAGGCGCUGUCAUUCGGACUCGCCAACAGGGUGGUGCCGGACGGACAAGCCUUACAGGUGGCCUUAGAGCUGGCAGAGCAAAUCAGCUCCUUCCCUCAGGGCUGUCUCCGUGCCGACCGUGCCUCCGCCUACCAUGCCACUUUUGACUCCGCCUCCUUCACCGAAGCCAUGCAGUAUGAGACAGACCAUGGCCUGCCCAUCAUCCAGGCUGAGGCUGUCGCCGGGGCAACCAGAUUCGACUCAGGGGCUGGGAGAGGGGGAAAAUUCUCCUAA